UCCCAGUGCGGAUAAAGAUGGCGGCUGCGGCCUCGGCUGGUCCCGGAGCCUCGGGCUCGGUUCGGGGCCGAUUUCCGGGCCGGCCGUGGGUAGGAAGAAGCGGGAAUAGAGCGGAGAGGAUUCGCGUGUGUUUCCACGGAGAAAGGAAUGGGGAAUAUGCAGAAGCUUCAGACCCACCACAGCUCCGGAAAGUCGGGCUGAGCAUGAACCUGAAGCGCCUGAAGGGGGCCUGCUGCGGGGACAGUGACAGCACCGAGGAAGUGUUUAAAGGAUUUAGCUCAGAAGAAAUUUCAUGUGGAAGACCUCUGCGGUCUAAGAAAGGUCAAACUUCUGUAGUGCUGCAAAGCCUAGCUCCGCCAGCAGCCUCGCCCACCAAGCAAGAGUGUGCAGCCCUGUCCAAUAUUAAGCAAUUCUUUAUCCCUGAAAAGGUUGUCCGAGUACAUCUCACUCCACUGAAUCCAUCUAUCUGUGGUUUGGCAAAAUCAUCUGCCUCUCUCCCACCCUGCAACAAUCCAGAAACCUCACCAAAGCCUAGUGACUCUCAGUCUCCAAGUCCCUCUCCUAAUCUUGAAAAUCUUCAUAGGCAAGAAGAUUUUUCCCAAGAUCAGAACAAAAUUUCAUCAAAGCAGAAGGGAAGAUCACUAGGGGCCAAAAAUCGCAUGUGCUCAUCAGAAAAAAACUCUGUUAUCCUCCGCUGCCGAAGCAAAACCAAUUCUUUGGAUUUCAGUCAAGACCUAAUCUUACAGCCAGACUUCUCUUCUAAAGAACAGAAAACAGAUGACAAUGGAGAUUUUGCUCUUAGGGAAAAUUCUUCCAGCCAAAUGCUGACUGAGAAAGCAGAGCAAUCAGAGACUUUAGAUGCUUUCUCCAAUGCAAGCAGUGAAAGUAAAUGUUUGAAUUCUUCCCCUCCUGAACUCUCUGAGGCUGAUCUUCACCAUACAUCUGUGUCAAGAUCUAGGAGAGCUAAAAGAUCUACCAAGGGGCUAAUUUCUGAAACCAGCUCAGCUUUACCGAAUGAGCCUUGUACUAAUUUAAAAAGAAUACAGAAAGACAAACAGGUUCCCAAAGUGAAAUGGAAACUUCGAGCAGAACACAGGCAAGUGAAUGCAUCAGAGAGUGAACUUCCAGAGAAAGAUCAGCUCCAAAUAGUUGAGAACAAUCUUGAAAAGGCAGAGAAUCUGCCUUUGAAGGUACUUCCUUCAGUGCAGUUAGAUAUGCUAACAGUGGUAAAAGAGGAUAAAAAUCUUGUUGAAAAAAAGUGUAUUUUGGAGGAUGAACUGCCUUCAAAAAAGAUUGAGGUGCCACCAAUUAAGGAAGAAACUGAUGAAAAAGAACAAAAAGUGAUUGACAAAUUGGCUGUUGACGAACAAAUUAUGGCUGAUCAUUUGGAAGUAGCCAAGACUGAGGAUGGAAGCGCUAAGUCUGAAGAGCAACUACCCGCUACAGAAGAUUCUACUUCUUCCUUGCCUGAAUCUAUGCCACUCUCAAUAAAAGACACAAAAGCAACAGAGGAUCACAUGAGUGAAGAAUUAAAACUUUCUGAAGUCAAUAGUAGUUUAAAUGAGAUGGACAAGACUCCUGUUUUGGCAGACUCUUCAGUACAGAGCAAGAAGAUAACCUCUUUAAAAAAGGACAAAAAAAUAAAGCUUGCACGUUCUCAGAAAUCUGAAAGAACUGCACCUCAGAGACUUCUAGCAAAGAUUAAAGAGGCAGAAAGCAAAAUCCAGCCACAAGCCCAGUCUUCCAAAACUAUGACAAGAAGUAGCAGCAUCAGGCAAAACCAUAGCAUUGCUAUGCCAGUUGGUGUCUGUUCCACUCGUUCCCGCUCCUCUCGUGUUAUUAAAACACCCCGACGUUUCUUGGAUGAGCUGCCAUCGUCUCUUGCCCAGCAUAAGAUUACUCUUCCAGUACCUAAUGUGGAUACGUCUACCAGCACUUUAAGUGUGCUGGGUCAGGAAGAACUUUCUGAUAGUCUUCCUUCUCUUAUUGACCCUUGUUUUAAUCUAUUAACUAAAGAUACACUCAAGUAUCUACCUCCGAUCUCCCCCUGCACAGAAUCCACACAGACUGCCUCAUCUUCCUCCUCAUCUGCCUCUUCACCUUCUUUGCAGUCUACUCCUUCCUCUUCUGAAAACAAGCGCAAAACUAUUCUCAGAGAACCCACCUUUCGUUGGAACUCCUCCAAUCUCCCUGAACCCCAAUCAACCCCUUGCUCCACUAAAGCACUAUUCCGAUUGCAGUCUCCUGCCUCUCCUGAGGACCCCAAACCACUUGCAUCUCCAGCAUCUGCUCCCCCUUCUCCUCUCUUAGUACCUUCUUCUCCACCAACUUCAAAAUCAGAGUCAACAAAGAGACUUCCUCUUCUCCGUGCUCCUCUGUUUACUCCUAGCGAGGCACAUCUGAAAAUUUAUCAGUCUGUAUCACUACAGGAAAACAGUCCCCCGACCAACUCCUCUCUUGCUACCCCUACUAAAAUAGAUCCCAUUGACCAAAAACCAAGUAUCAUGACAAAUUCUGCUCUGCCAGAACCCGGAGAGAUACUGGUUAUGUCUCCAUCUAAACAGAGUGACACACAGCAUGGAGGCCGCAGGACUAAUCACUUGACUUUACCUUUGUUUGUUGAUACCUGUUCUGUGAACAGUGACUUACCCUGCAGUUCUUCUGAGCCUUCAUUAUUGAUUCCAGAUUGUACUGAACCAUCUCCUGAUCUAACUGAGACUUUAAAUCAAGUAUCUAAUGGUUCAGAUGCUACUUUGGUACAAAGUGAAUCUUAUGGAAUGUUGGAUAAGCCUCCUGAUGAUGUGGAAUCUAUCAAAAUUGUCCAAAUGGAUAGCCCAGGAGUAGUGUGUAAAAUGGCUAUCAAAGAACCUUCAUCUGAGGAAGACUGUUCACAAGAGAAUAAACCUGCUGAAGAAGUUAACGACCCAUGCCUGUCUGGUACUGAUGAGAAGGUCAUCAAUCUUUUAGAGAAAGCCAAAAUGCAGCUAAUUAAUAUUGACAAGCAAAAGAGUGCUGAUGCGACUCAUCCAAAGAAUACUGGUGCAGAGAACGUCCAUAAAAGGUCAUCUUCACCUCUUGUGCAAAGUGAGAAAAAAUCCAGACCUCAGACAGGGCAGGGUCAAGAAUCUCCAGUACAGGGUCCACGGAUUAAGCAUGUCUGUCGACACCCAGCAGUGGCACUUGGACAACCCCGUGCCAUGAUUCCAGAGGAUAUUCCACGGCUAAGUGCUCUGCCUUUGAGUGAGAGAAAAGCCUCAGUUGUAUCAAAAGCUCCUCAAGAUGAAUCUUCUUCUGCCUCAGAAAAAGAAGACCAUGCUGUGAAAUGGAAACCUGUGAAAGCAGAGCCUGUGGUGGUAGCGCGAAGGUCCAAAACUACCAAGAAGUGCAGGCUGCGAAUGACCAGAUGUGGCAACUGCAAGGGGUGUCAUGUACAGGACGACUGUGGGAAAUGUAUUAACUGUCUGGAUAAAACCAAAUUCGGAGGCCCCAACACAAAAAAACAAUGUUGUGUGAAUCGAAGAUGCGAUCUAAUUGAAGCUCGGAAGCAAGAGAGGAUGGCACAGAAAGGUCGGGGAGUUAUUAGACUCCCUCCUCCACCAAAGGACAGCGCUACAGAGUCGGAAGACACGUUCCCUGACGUCUGGCGCAGUGAAGAGACUGAAGCUUCUGAUAAACUUGAGUCUGAUCAGUUUAAACGCAAGUCUUCCCGGCGCUGUGCUAAACAGCGCUCGUUUUACCAUCUCUUCCCUGAUUCAGAGGAAUCGGACUAUGAGCCCACUCGUAGUGCUCCACGUCGGAGGCAAGGUCAAGAUUCUGAUUUUCUCCCCCAAGACAGCGAGGAGCAGAGCAAACCCCGCAGAAGUCAGCAGCAGCCUCUGAUCCUGCGAGCAAGGAAAGGACUUGAGCAGGAAUCCUCUAUGAAUGGAAAUGCAUCAAAGCUUAAGUCUGUAGAUGGUAUGCAUCGCUUACGUGUAGACUUUAAGGAGGAUUGCGAUUUGCAGAACGUGUGGUUAAUGGGUGGACUCAGCAUAUUGACAUCUGUUCCUGUGUCGCCAGAACUCAUGUGUCUGUUGUGUGCCAGCCGAGGGCAUCAUGAGCUUCUGUACUGCCAGGUUUGCUGUGAACCGUUUCAUUCCUUCUGCCUUGAAGAAUCUGAGAGGCCGCUGCCUGAGCAGGAAGACGCGUGGUGCUGUCGUCGCUGCAAGUUUUGUUAUGUUUGUGGGCGCAAAGGAAAGACCAAAAAGCCUUUACUUGAAUGUGAGCUCUGCCAGACAAACUAUCAUGUGAAUUGCUUGGGACCCAAUUAUCCAGUGAAACCACCUUGCAGCAAAGAUGGAUGGAUCUGCUCUGCGUGCAUUCGCUGUAAGAGCUGUGGUGCUUCUCUUGGGAAGGAUGGUGAAGUGGAGGUGUCUGAAGACGGCAACUUGUGCUCCGAAUGCUCCUCAUUGUAUCAGAAAGGACAUUUCUGUCCCAUCUGUACUCGGUGCUAUGAAGAAAAUGACUAUGAGAGCAAAAUGGUGCAGUGUGCAAAGUGCAAGAAAUGGGUGCACUCAAGCUGUGAAGAACUGUCUGAUGAAGGUUAUGAAAUGUUAUCUAACUUGCCUGAGAGUAUAGUGUACACUUGCCCUUCGUGUUUGGGCAGUAAUAGUGCAAUAUGGAAGGAGGCUAUGAUCUCUGAACUCACUGCUGGGAUUCAUGAUGUCCUGCAGGGCUUGUUGACCUCCAGUAUUGCAGCACCCCUUCUGCAAUGUACCCAGUGCUCCAGCCAGGAAACCAGUGAGAAGUGUGACCAUACUCCAUGUGACCUCCUGUCCUUAGGUCAGCUUGUAGAAGAAGGUCAUUAUAAAUCUUUAUGUACUUUUAAUGAGGACAUGGUGUGGAUUAUACAGAACAAGGUCAAGCAAGAUAGCAGCUUGUUAGAGUGUCAUGGGGAGACUAUCAAGGACCUGUAUCUGAAGUCAAUGGAGAAAUGUUUCAGCUGGUUUCAUGCAGAAGAAUCUAUUCACUGGCAGAGUAAUAAACCUAUAACAGAAGGUGUUCUUCCAAAUGCAGUGGUGCCCCCCUACUCUGACCACAUGUACGCCCAUUGGAGGUCUCCGUCAAGCAUUUGCGUCACUCCAAAGAUUGAAUCUCCCAGCAAAGUAAAGAAAGAAGUGAAUGUUGAACCUGUGAAAGACACGACUGAAGAGAAAGAUAUACGUCAAUGUGCCCUUUGCCUAAAGUUUGGCGAUGAUGAGCCGAAGAGUGCUGGGAGGCUGCUGUAUAUUGGUCAGAAUGAGUGGACUCACAUUAACUGUGCCAUUUGGUCUGCUGAGGUAUUUGAGGAGAAUGACGGAUCUCUGAAAAACGUGCAUGCUGCUGUGGUACGCGGGAGGCAGAUGCGCUGCGAGUAUUGUUCAAAGACAGGAGCCACAGUUGGCUGCUGCUUAUCCACCUGCCUCAGUAACUUCCACUUCAUGUGCGCUCGUGCAAGCUGCUGCAGCUUUCAAGACGACAAGAAGAUGUUUUGCCAAAAACAUACAAAACUACUGGACGGCACGACUGUUUCUCCCAAUGAUUUUGACGUGCUACGUAGGGUUUAUGUUGACUUUGAAGGGAUCAGCUUCAAAAGGAAGUUUCUGCAGGGUCUGGAGCCAGAAAGCAUUCACAUGAUGAUAGGUUCUAUGAAGGUAGACAGUUUGGGAAUGCUCUCUGAUCUUUCAGUCUGUGAAGGAAACAUUUUCCCAGUUGGAUACCAAUGUUCACGUUUGUAUUGGAGUACACAGGAUGCAAGGCGACGUUGUUGGUACAAAUGCAGGGUCCUCGAACAUCGCCCUAAGAUUGGAGAAACCCAUCUGGAGGCAGAAGAAGACCAGGGUGAAAACAGGACAAUUGUCCAUAGUCCUUUUUCUCCACCAGAUACAAAGCUACAGGAAACUGCCUUCAGCCCACCUCCUGCUGCACCUUCAAAUACACAUGGACAUUUACCAUCUGUAGAGCCUGUAACCACAGCAGCUGCCCCACGCUCUUUUAUGGGAGCUCGUAUAAAAGCUCCUAACUACUCCCCAUCACGACGACCUCUUGGAGGCUCCUCACGACCACUUCCAUCACCAGGGAGCCCAUCAUCCUCUCCAUUAUCACAUCACAUUCUCACAGUCAGUGACCCAGAAGUGACACCUGUACGCAGGACCCGUAGACCAGCCCCACCUUCACGAGUCAUGAACCAGUCAUCUAUUCGAUCCUCAAAAGAUGCCAUUAGCCCAUCAUCUUAUCCAAUUACUAGAGUUUCUUCCCUGGAGAGUGAAAAUCCACUGCAACUAUUGUGCGAUGGUAAUGACUUUGAGGUGGUUUCCUCAUUAGAUGGUGGAUUGGUGAUAGGGCCUCUGCAAUGUGGAGCUCAGCUGACUGUUGGGACAGAUUCACCAGCUGAGUCAGAUGGGGGUAGCAGUUCAGAGGAUGAAGCAGGGGACCAGUACUACAAAAUGACUCGAACUGUUAAAUCACAAGAUUCAUACAACUCUUGUGUGCCCUCUGCGACACCAGGACAUAUCAGACAGCUGGAUGGCAUACAUGACAGCACAGACAGUGAGGAUGGAUCCCAGGGUCCUCAUGGUACUGUUGGCAGUGGCAGAACCCCUUCCCAUCUACCUUCUGAAAUUGUGGAUUUUGUGUUAAAGAAUACUGGAAACUCUGUCUCUCCAAUUCAGGAGCCUCUUGUCCUGCCUCUCCUUCCUCCUCCAUCCUCCUCUUCCACACAGAAUGGUAAUGUUUCCUCCCUUUCCAAUGGCACAGAUUGUCCACCAUACCUUUCCUCCCAAGGACCUCCACCUCUCAGGGACCCCCCACAACUACAAAGGGUGUGCCAUCCACCAGUUUCCAUACAGAAAAAUCCACUUCAUCCCCCCGAAACAUCAACAGUGACUGUUAACCAGCCUCCAUCUAAGGUUCUCUUAGUUAACAAGUUAGGCCAGAUAUUUGUUAAGGUAAAGGAAGGAAGUCAAGAAUCUUCUGUCACAAGUAAUCUAACCUCUUCACUGUCUAAAUCAGAACCACAACCUACAACUCCCAUCAGGCCUCCUUUGAGACGUAAAAGAGUUGCAACUAAAGCUGCAAUAAAACCUACUCCUCCUCCCAACAUGAACACUGUUAUCCUGCAAACAGCAGCACCGUCCCCAUUAACACUCCGUGAUGGUCACUCAUGGACUCUUAGUGGGCCUCUCCUCAGUUACCUGCCUAUGUUGAAUUUGGUUCAAGGUUCUGGCCAUAUUACUUUUGGGACUCAAACUGUGAUGGCCCCAACCUUAACCAGCAUCCCGCAGACUUGUGUGUUACAAGGCUUGUCUGUGAAUACAGGACUGCUUGGAAUCUCGUCUACUUCAACCCAACAGCAAACACAAGUCAGAAUUUCACCAACUACCACUCAGCAUCAAACACAAUUCUCACUGAUCCAGCCUGCACCACCCCCAAUCCAGUCUGCACUACCCCCAAUCCAGUCUGCACCACCCCCAAUCCAGUCUGCACCACCCCCAAUCCAAUCUGCACCACCCCCAAUCCAAUCUGCACCACCCCCAAUCCAACCUGCACCGUCCAAUGUCAAUCAAACCCCUCUCAUCUGUGUGAAAAGAUCCUGCCCCUCAUCCAACAACGAAGCUCCCAAAAAGAAAAUUAAGCUUGAAAUGGAUGUGACUAAAGUAACCAAUAAUGUGUUUCCGAGCUUCAACUGUUCCUCAAGCACACAGCCAAGUAUAAGACCAAAAAGGGCGCGAAUUAAAGCCCCAAUGAUUCGAGAUGUUCUGAAUCUUGAUGUACCCAAAGAGGAGCCAAGCACAAAUAAUGGGCUCCAUCCUGAUGUCAUCAUGAAUUUUAACAUUGAAGACUUUAAGCCAGAAUCACCCAAGAUGUCAGCCUGUACGUUCUCGCUGCAAGAGAAUAUUUCCUGCUUUGAAGAAUUUUCUUUCCGUGAAGAGAAGGAGAACCAUCUUCCAAAGAAAGGCGGCCCAUACCUUUGCUUUGAAAUAAUCAGUGAAGAUGGUUUCUACAUUCAGACAGACAGUGCUGAAAGUGCUUGGAAGGCUGUGCUGGAGAAAGUGCAAGAGGCUCGAGGUGUAGGAAGACUUAGACAAGUGUCCUUCUCUUCAGCUCAUAUGAAUGGGGCUCGGAUGAUGGGAGUCCAACAUGAUGCUGUGCUCUUCUUACUGGAACAGCUCUGUGGUGCCGAACGCUGUCAUGGAUACAAGUUCCUCUUUCACCCCCAGGAGGCAGAGGAAGAGGUACUUCCUGUCAAUCCCUCCGGCUGUGCUCGCAGUGAGGUCUAUGUCAGGAAAUGCACAUUUGAUAUAUUUAACUUCCUGGCUUCUCAGCACAGAACUUUGCCAGAGAUAGGUCCAUAUGAGGAGGAAGAGGAGGAAGUGCAAUUAAAAUCCACACGGCGUGCAACCAGUCUGGAUUUGCCGAUGGCCAUGAGAUUCAGACACCUGAAGAAGACAUCCAAAGAAGCUGUAGGGGUGUACAGGUCUGCAAUCCAUGGGCGUGGUUUGUUUUGCAAAAGAAAUAUAGAUGUAGGAGAAAUGGUGAUAGAAUAUUCUGGCAUUGUGAUCCGUUCUGUAUUAACUGACAAGCGAGAGAAAUUCUAUGACAGCAAGGGAAUUGGUUGCUACAUGUUCCGUAUAGAUGACUUUGAUGUGGUCGACGCAACAAUGCAUGGUAAUGCAGCACGUUUCAUUAACCACUCAUGCGAACCCAACUGCUACUCCCGGGUUAUCCAUGUGGAAGGCCAGAAACACAUAGUCAUCUUCGCUCUGCGCAGCAUAUACCGUGGAGAGGAGCUGACGUACGACUAUAAAUUCCCCAUUGAGGAUGCCAAUAACAAACUUCCCUGUAACUGUGGUGCCAAGAAGUGCCGACGAUUCCUCAAUUGAUUGUUGCCCCAAUGAACAAUUUAAGGGUAAAUCCAAAUGUAGGAUCCCGACUGGAGGUGCUGGCACUUCCUAGACUGAGCAAAGCUUCAGGAAACGGGCAUAGUUUGGACACUGACAUAAGCCUAGAAGACUAGGCAGAUGGCUACUAUUGCAGCAGGCUGUGAUUAUUCUCUCAUUCAUAUAGUAGAGGGGGGGAGGGGUCUGCGUAAUGGAAAACCGCACUUUACCCUCUGUCCUGUCUGUCACUGAGUAGUGUACAGGGCAAUUUUGGGGUCUCUUCUCCUUCCACUCAGGGUGUCCUCUAAUUUGUGCUCCAUAUUAAUCUUCUCCUUUGCUGCUAGAUUUGCUUUAUAGAUCCUAUGCUCUAUUUCAGCCUCUAACAUCUUCUUUUUUUUGUGUGAGGUCAAAGGAGCUUUGGUGUGUGUGUGUGUGUGUGUGAUUGUGUUAGGGUGCAGUGUUGUCCAAGGUCAUUAACAGCAAUAUUUCUUUAAAUCUGUCUUUUGGUGGAUUGAUACAGUAAAAAUAUUUUGUUAAAUCUAUCACACUCCCAUUUAUUUAUAUAGACCUCUUGGUUUAGGAGCAGAAACGUACUACUGGGAGUGACAAUCAGUUAAGUCAUUUUUGCUGCUAUUUACCCACCAAGCCUUGCAAGAGUUAACAUUUUCUCCAGUUGCUUUAAAGUUCUAGCAUUUAAUUACACAGCAAACCCAAUCUAUUACCACCAUAUGACAUACCCAAGACAUCCUGCAUUCUCCUCCUCCUUUCAUGUUUAUAAACCUUAGCUUUUUUUUUGGGGGGGGGGGGGGAAUGUCUGAGGGAAUGAGUGAUGAACAUAUAACAGAGUUUCAAUAGAAAAUAUAAUAAAAGCAGAAAGUGUGGAUAAUGUAAAUAACUGUACAAAGAUUUGUAAGAACAUUGUUUUCUAUGCACUUUUUUUAUUUAAGGACUUGCUGGUGAAUAAUAAUGUUCCAUGUCUCACCUCCUGUUUAGCAUUUUAAAUAAAAGGAAAAUUUUGACGUUUUAA